GUCGGCGUCGUCUUUCCCGCCCCCAUAUAUCUGAGCAAAACCCUAGACUCUUGAUUUCGUCACGAUUUGCUCAAUCACCUUCACUAUUCUGCUUCAAUGGACUCUCACUCUUCCCACCUCAACGCGGCCAAUCGUUCCCGCAGCUCUCAGACUCCUUCUCCUUCUCAUUCCGCCUCCGCCUCCGUCACUUCUUCUCUCCACAAGCGCAAACUCGCCGCCACUACGGCAGCGAAUGCAGCCGCGUCUGAGGAUCACGCCCCUCCUUCUACCUCUUUCCCUCCUUCCUCCUUCUCCGCCGAUACUCGCGACGGCGCCUUAACCUCCAACGAUGAACUCGAGAGCAUCUCCGCUCGCGGCGCUGAUACAGAUUCAGACCCUGAUGAAUCAGAGGAUAUAGUCGUGGACGAUGACGAGGACGAAUUUGCUCCUGAACAGGACCAGGACUCUUCUAUCCGCACUUUCACCGCCGCUCGACUCGAUUCCAGCUCAGGAGUCAACGGUUCGACUCGUAACACUAAGCUUAAGACGGAGAGCUCCACGGUUAAGCUUGAGAGCUCUGAUGGUGGAAAAGAUGGUGGAUCAUCUGUGGUUGGGACUGGUGUAAGUGGCACUGUUGGAGGAAGCUCAAUCUCAGGGCUGGUGCCAAAGGAUGAGUCUGUUAAGGUAUUGGCUGAGAAUUUUCAGACUAGCGGAGCUUACAUUGCGAGAGAAGAGACUUUGAAAAGAGAGGAGCAAGCAGGACGACUCAAAUUUGUUUGUUACUCAAAUGAUUGCAUUGAUGAGCAUAUGAUGUGCUUGGUUGGGUUGAAGAACAUAUUUGCAAGACAGUUGCCUAAUAUGCCCAAGGAGUACAUUGUUCGUCUUCUGAUGGAUAGGAAACAUAAGUCUGUUAUGGUCCUAAGAGGAAAUCUAGUUGUAGGUGGUAUCACGUAUCGUCCAUAUCGCAGUCAGAAGUUUGGGGAAAUAGCAUUUUGCGCAAUCACAGCAGAUGAACAAGUAAAAGGUUAUGGUACCAGAUUGAUGAACCACUUGAAACAACAUGCACGUGAUGUUGAUGGAUUGACGCAUUUUCUUACUUAUGCUGACAACAAUGCCGUUGGUUACUUUGUCAAGCAGGGUUUUACUAAAGAGAUUUACUUGGAGAAAGAUGUAUGGCAUGGGUUCAUUAAAGACUAUGAUGGUGGUCUCCUUAUGGAAUGCAAAAUUGAUCCAAAGCUUCCAUAUACGGAUUUGUCAAGCAUGAUACGCCAGCAAAGAAAGGCAAUUGAUGAAAGGAUAAGAGAGUUAUCAAACUGUCAGAAUGUGUAUCCAAAAAUUGAGUUUCUAAAGAAUGAAGCUGGAAUUCCUAGAAAGAUUAUCAAAGUUGAGGAAAUUCGUGGCUUAAGGGAAGCUGGUUGGACCCCAGAUCAGUGGGGGCACACUCGUUUCAAAUUAUUCAAUUGUUCUGCGGAUAUGGCGACAAAUCAAAAACAGUUGAAUGCACUUAUGCGUGCGCUUUUAAAGACAAUGCAAGACCAUGCUGAUGCUUGGCCUUUCAAAGAACCAGUCGAUUCUCGCGAUGUCCCUGAUUACUAUGAUAUCAUUAAAGAUCCCAUUGAUCUGAAGGUUAUCGCAAAGAGGGUAGAAUCGGAACAGUAUUACGUGACACUCGAUAUGUUUGUUGCUGAUGCGAGACGGAUGUUUAACAAUUGUAGAACUUACAAUUCCCCCGAUACCAUUUAUUACAAAUGUGCAACCAGGUUGGAAACACACUUCCAUAGCAAAGUACAAGCAGGUCUCCAGUCUGGUGCUAAAUCUCAAUAGAAGAAAUGGUAGAAGUCAUAUUAAUUUCAUUUUUAGAGACUUUCUUGGACACAACCUGAAACUCAUAUUAGGCCCAUGUAUGAUGGAGCUUUUUUUUUACUUUCCGUGAUUUGACGUUCCCAUAGGUAAAUAGUUAGAUUCAUAAUGUUUAAGUUAUUGUUUUGUUGGUUAUAUUUAGUUUAUAAAGCUUAUUUUCAACU